UUCUCUCUGUUGACAACAAGAGACGCGUCGCGGUUUCUGAAGAACUCCCAAAAACUCUCACAAAUGAGUCUAAAAUUCAAUUAAAACAAACCAAAGGACUACUAAGGGAGUGCUUUAGACGUCCGUCAAGAUGAUGGCAAAUAAUGUUAUCAAUGGACAAGUUAUUUUGGAGGAGGAAUAUGAUGAGUCGUAUGAACCAACGGAAAACGAGGUGUAUGAGUAUGCCCAGUUAAUAGGUAUAGAUCCAGAUACAGAAAAAUCUUUAUUAUGGAUUGCAAGAGAAGGAAUCGUAGCUCCAUUACCUCCGGAUUGGAAACCAUGCCAAGAUUCCCAAGGAGAAAUUUAUUAUUUCAACUUUGGGACUGGAGAGAGUGUAUGGGACCAUCCCUGUGAUGAGUAUUAUCGCACUAUGGUGAUAGAAGAACGUGCGAAGAUGAAAAAAGCAGGAAGUGGACCCAAGAAGGACAAGAAGAAAGAUAAAAAAGACAAUAAAAAAGUAAAGAUUUUGGAUCCCCCUGUGAAACAGAAGGGUAUAGGCCUGUCUCCACUAAAAGGUGAAGUUCCAUUAGGAUCGCUAGGGGCUCUGGCUCCUUUAAAAAGUCCAUCUCCAGCUGUUCUGGGCUCCUCCAUGAACAGUUCCCUUGGAGGCUCAUCAUUUGGUGUGGACUCACUAGAGGGCUCUCUUGGAAGGUCUCUUGGAGGACCUAGRGGAGAUCAAGGAGGUGGUGCAAGGUUUAGUAGUAAACCCUCUACUCAAGAUCCUUUCCUACAAAAAGCUCUUGGUGGGAUCAAGCAUGGAGGAAUGGGAAGUAAGCUUGAAAAGAAGCAAGAUCCAUUAGAAUCGUCUAAUGAACAUGAUCCUGUUGUGAUCAACCUGAAUACAUCACUGGGGGAUAAUAUCAACCUUAACCUUAUGGCUGACUCUUCAAGUGAAGAUGAACUAGACAAGAGUCCACAAAGAGGGACAUUCGAUUUUGGUGCUCAUGACAUAGCUGCACUUGGUUAUGAGGAAUCUGAUAUUGAAGAAAGCUCCAACCUGAAGCAGCCCAACACGCCGUCAAUUAGUGACAUGGACGAUGGAGAAGAAGUGGAUUUUGGUAUAAACCCUUCAAUAUCAAACAGACUAGAAGGAAUGAGCUCUGACAUAGCAAAUAUAGAGAUGAAAAGCAACAACAAGGUUGAUGUUGAAGCUAAUCAGAAGUCAGGAGGCAAGCUGAUAAGUGCUGGGACUCAGGAAGAGGAUGACAGAGAGAGGAAAGCCAGGAUACUAGCAGAAGCAGCUGAAAGGAGAGCUGUACCACAUAAAAAUGAAGUAGUAGUGGAGCAAGAACAUAAGAAGCUUGCUAGUGAAGCAGCUAGUACACUACAAGAUCUGAGAAAAACAAUGGAAAAAGAACUAGAAGAAGCCAAACAUAAACUGAAAACUGAAAAAGAAGACUCCCUAGAAAGAUUACGAAAACAACUCAAACAAGAAGAGGAAAAAGAGGAGGAAAGGCUGAAACAACAGCAUGAGAUUGUCAUGAAAACCUUAGGAGAGAAAGCAAAAGAAGAAGCUUUGGAUGAAGAAGCCAUGCUACAAGAAGGAAAGCAAGAUGCCCUAAGGAAACUAAGAAUCAAGAUACAACAGGAAAAGGAGGAAGAGGAAGCUACUUUGAAGAAAGAGAAGGAGAAAGCCAUUGAUGAAAUGAAAGACGAGCUAGAAGAUGAACAAGAACAGCUGGAGUCUAACUUAAAAGAAGAUCAGCAAAGAAGUCUGAAACAGCUGAAAGAAAAACUCGCAGCAGAGUUUGAGAAAGAAAAAAAGAAAUAUGAGGAGGAUCACCAUGCUUCAUUGGAUGGGUUUAAGGAGAAGAUUGAAAAAGAAAAGGAGUUGGCAAUAGAGAAACUUCAGCAGCAAAAUGAAUAUGUCCUUCAGCUGAGGAAAAAUGAACUGAUUGAAAAACAUGAAAAGGCCAUGGAGGAUGUCCUGAGUGAGUUAGACCAAGUACAGACAAUAGAGCUGGAUGAGAAUGAAGAAGCACUAGCAAAAGCAAAAACUUUAUUUGAUGAGAAAAUGGACUUACUUGAUGUCAAGAUGAGUGAUGAUUAUGAGAAGAAGAAAAAAGCUCUGGAAUCCAAGUAUGAAGAACAGCUGGAAUCCCUUAGAGCUGAGUGGGAGAAGAAAAUAUACAGAGUAAAACAAGACUGGAAGGAACAGGAAAACAAAGAAAAGUAUGAAUUAACAGAGAAAUGGGAACGUGAAAAAGAAGACAUGGCUAAUGAACAUGAAGAAAUAAUGACAGAAUUAAGAAAUGAUUGUGAAGCUAAGAGACAAGUGCUACAGCAAGACUGGGAAUCUCUGUCUUCUAAACUUGACGUGGAGAAAGAAGAUCUAGAAACACAACGAAAAGAGCAGGACAAGCUACGUAAAGAACUAAUGAAGGAAAAGAAGGAGUUAGAAAAACAGGAAAAGGAGAUCAAGCAUCGCAAGGAAGAACUAGCAGCAGAGAGAAAAAACUUGCUCCAAUCCAGCGAUAUCGACACACAUGACCUAAGAGACGUCACAGAUCAGCUAGCUGAGAAGAAUUCUAAACUAAGAGAACUAGAUAACCAAUUGCAUCGCUCUAACCAAGAGAUCCAAAAGAAAGAAAGGAUCAAAGCUAAGUUGAAUCAAGAGAUAGAAGAACUGACUGCAACACGGGAUGGAUUACAGAACAGCAUCAACGAGAUCAAAUCAAGGUACCAGAAGAUGCAACAGAACUACAGGCGACAAGAACAGGACUUCAAUGAAUUGCAGAAGAAACAAGAAGGCCUUCAGGCAAAACUAGAACAGAUGAAUACUAAUGGUGAUCUAGAUGAUACACUGGUCGGUGAUGAUGAUAAUGAUAUUGAUAAACACAGACACGUGGCUAAAGGAAAACACUCCAAGGGUAGUAAGACAUCUUAUCCCAAUGGACGAAUAUCUAGGGAAGAGGCGUUACAGCUGGAAGAUCUUGAACCCAAUGGAGUAUCAGCUUCCAAGAAAGACGGUCGACAUGCUGCAGCGCACAGCAAGGGCAAAUCUCAAAGAAGAGCUCCUUCAUCAAUCACCUCCAAUACAGAAUCAGAGAUGUCUGACUCACCCGGAGAGAUCUCCCCUCAAGCUCAGUCAAGAAAUUCUGCCUUUCACCAGCAUGCAAUGUGGCAGUCUAAAGCACCUAAAGCCCAUGGAACGAAACCUCGGGAUAUAGAUAUAUCAUCAGAUGAAAGUAGUCAAGAUGAAUAUCAACAGAACUUAUUGUUGCUCCAAAAACAGGCGGAAUUUAGAAAUGCGGAGCUGAAGAAACGUCUUGUUGUUGAAUGUGAUGCUAUCAAUAAGGCGAAAAGGUUCUUGAGUCGACACAAGAAGUCAGUGCGGAAACGACAGGCUGCUCUUGAACAAGCACGCAGUGAGUGGAAACAUGAUGUGACUACUAAUAUUAACAGGGGAAAGCCAGUCUCGUCUAGGAAUGCGACACUCCUUGAAGACGUCAAGUCCAAGCUGGAAGAAGAAGAAGCAGAAUUGACGAUAGUCGUAGACAACAUGAAUGCGGGACAAGAACUAUUGAGACAAAAGGAGGAACGCCUGAAGAUCCUCGAGAACGCGCUGUUAGGAGGAAUGUCUACGACAACAUCAGACUCAGAAGAUGUACCGAUGGAUCCUCUGUUCCGUAAGACUGCUCACUUUCCCAAGGACAAGUACCGUCCACAUCGUAGUACCCGCCGACAGAUCGAAGAUGAUGACUCGAGUGGGUUUAGUAGCAGUGACUAUGGUGAUGGGCCUCCUGUGGUGCGUGACGUCAGGGGAUCACGUGGGACAAAGAGCCUUCGGUUUUCGAAUCCUUCCAAGACUCAAAACAUAGAUGAUGUCCAGGCCUCUCUCUCUACUAUCAAUACAGAUUUAGCACGUAUUCUAUCGCUCCUACAAACACAGACAUUACAGCGCCCUGCUAUUCCUACUCAACCUGUUUACGCUGUACCAGAACAACAUGCUUUUGCACAGACUGCAAGACCCAUGAACAGCGGUUACGCACCCUCUAUAGACCAUGCGCAGACAAGUCGACCAGAUAUCGCCCCUAGAAACAGUUACCACCAGCCAAUAUACAAAAGUCAAGACACUGCUGAAGUGGCGUUGGAAAGAAAGUGGAAGUCUUACUUUGGAGAUCAUAAUCGUGAUUCCCCUGCAAGUCUUAGUUUAGGAGCAACUCUUAAAGGACAUAUAACAGCAAGGGACAGCAAUGGACCGGGUGUUGUCAAGGAGAAACUGACUGACUGGACGUCAGAAGGACAACUAAAUGUGGCCGAGAGACUACAGAACCAUGCUGAUUGGUUGAGAAAUUUUCGACGUGAAAUGGGACUGCAAAGCCCGAGCCAAAGUAAUCGAGGAAACAUGGCAAGCAGUGCUAGAUAUCCACCAACAUCCCAAACCAGUGCCACUUCCAGCCCCGGUAACCUCUGGUCAAGUCAGCCACGUGGGUUGGCCAUGACUCACAGACCCUUACGCCUUGAAUURGGCAAAAAUAACGAAAUUCGAUACGUGUAGAUAGAAUAUAUAAUUAUUACUAAUAACAAUCCAAUCAUAGAAUGAAUGUGUCUUAUAUAGUCUCCAAAACGUCACGCAACGCUAUUGGUGUCGUUGCGUGACAAUACUCAUGGUGGCUCCUUAUAUCUUUUACCAUUUGGAAAAUGUUUAGAUAAUUAAAAUUGAAACUACCAUUCACACCAAUGCGGGUCAAUAACUGGCCAUGGGGAUUUAGAACAGAAUAUGAAGAAUCUUUAUCAAAGAAAUAAGAUAGUAGUUUUAUAUUUGUAAAUAUAAAUUUUUUUGAACAAUUUCUGAGGCAGAAAAUCUUUCCUUUCUCUCGAAAACAAAAGUUUUUAACGAGUGGAAGGCGUAACGUUUUGUGUGAGGAAAUCGAUUGGGCUACCUGUGUGUAAGGUUCACUCAUGCAAUAGUUUGUAUUUGUAGUGAUAUGUAAUAUUAUAUAAUAGUCAUAAAAGUCUAUAAAGUUUUUUUUUUCUAAAACCCGAAAAUAUCAAGUUUUUUUAGUGAAUUAAAAAGUUUUUAUCGUU